AGAACUUUGGCCACGUCGCCCGCCGUAGCUUCCUUAGCAACGGAGAGGGAGCGAGCUAGGUAGAAAUGCGCGCACUUCCUCCGACGCUGGAGCGGGUUUUCUUCGCCCUCACCGCCUCUUUCUCCUGUGGAAACCGGUGAUUAUACAUAAUGUCUCAGGGAGGCAUGCAGCAAGCAAAGAAAUGUGAAGGUCUACGUUUCAGACAUGGAGGGCCCGGAAACACUGGUAAACAAAUGUCUUCAGGGUCUCUAAUGAAGGAAAAGGCUGUGACACAAAAAGGAAAGACACUAUCUAUGUCAUCUACUCCAGAUUCUACAAUUAAACCACAGCCCAGACCUAGUGACAGACUUAAUCCCAAAACAAUUGAUCCAUUUAGUGCUCAGUCAAGAACUCCUUCUGCUUUUGCUGCCAUUUACUCUAAAGGGGGAAUUCCUUGCAGGUUAAUUCAUGGCUCUGUAAAACACAAAUUGCAGUGGGACUGUCUGCCUGAAACACUCCCAUUUGACCCCCUUCUUAUAACUUUUGCAGAGGGGCUGAGAGAAACGAGGCAUCCACAUACAUUUGUUUCUAAAGAGGGUUUUAAAGAAUUGCUCUUGGUGGAAGGUGCUGCCCAGAAGGCCAUUCCAUUGCUGCCUCGGCUUGUUCCAGUGUUAAAAGCUGCUUUGGCCCAUUCAAACGAUGAAGUAUUUGAAAGAGGACUGGAUGCUUUGGUACAACUUAGUGCUGUUGUUGGACCAGCACUUAAUGACCAUUUGAAACAUGUUCUUUCAUGUCUUUCAAAGAGACACAUGAGCAAGAAGUUCAAGGAUCAAACUACAGAUGCUUUACAAAAGCUGGAACAAUAUGGUGGGAAGGAAAGUUUGACUAUUAUAAAAUCUAAAAUUCCAACAUAUUGUUCAAUUUCCUCCUGAAGAAAGACAUGAUGAAGAACCUUUUGGAACUAUUUGCUGUGACUUAACUUUCCAUAGUCUAUGUGUUUCUGUAUUUCUCAGGGAAAGUAGAAAUUAAUGUUUUACAAUUAAGAUGAAUGUUAAGAAGUAAUGUCUGAGACAUAUAAUUAUGAGAAACAUCAUAUAUGGCAUUUUCUUUGUUCUAGCACUUUUAUGGAAUGAUAAAUCAGUUUGUCUUUUCCAUUAAUAAUAGUUAUCCAUAUUUGUCUAAAGGUAGCCAUAAAGAAAAUACAAAAGGUUAUAUGUCGUAUUUUACGUGUAGAGUAAAUUUAAUAAAUAUGAUAUUUGAAAUGAAGGGCAAGGUCCUGUACCAAGGUAAGCACAAUUGAAUUCCCUUUCCUGGGAAAGCAUUAAGUAUAUUCUAAAAUCAAGAUUGGGAAGUACUUUACUUUGCUUGAUUGUGCCACGUUUAACUUAUUUUUAAAUAAGAACUAAUUACUUACUCAGAGGGAGAUUUAUUUUUAUACUGUUAAGUUACAGAAAGGUUUUUUUUUAUUGCCCAGGAUAGAAAAAAUGUGUAAAGGUUAUUUCAUUGUAACUGAAAUAGUUAACAUGCUAUGAGUACUCUUGUGUUAAAAAUGUUGAGAUUUUGAGUAUUUAAAUGUAUUUAAAAUGUUCAACAUCUACUUGAAGUAUUAAACUUUUAUAAUAAA